AUGAAUAUAUCCACAACGAAUUAUAAUAUAAGUGAUAUUGUGAAAACUGAUAAAAGUUGGUCAUGGACAAAAGUUCUGUUUUGCACAUUAUUUUGUCUGCUGAUAAUAACUGUUAUAGUCGGAAACACAUUAGUGAUAUUAUCGGUUAUAACAACACGUCGUCUACGAACAGUAACCAAUUGCUUUGUCACAAGUCUUGCUGUUGCUGAUUGGCUCGUUGGUAUAUUUGUUAUGCCUCCAGCCGUGAUUGAUUUUCUUGUUGGUUCGUGGCCAUUGGGUAUUAUUUUAUGUGAUAUAUGGAUAAGUUUAGAUGUUCUACUAUGUACAGCGAGUAUUUUAAGCUUAUGUGCGAUUUCAAUUGACAGAUAUUUAGCAGUUACGCAACCUUUAAAUUAUUCAAAGCGUCGACGCUCAAAAAGGUUAGCAAUGGUAAUGAUUUUCAUUGUCUGGGUGCUAGCUAUUGCAAUAACAUGUCCUCCAUUCCUCGGAUGGCUUGAUCAAGGAAUUAGAAAAGAUGAAAAUGAAUGUGGAUAUAAUCAGAAUAUGGGCUAUGUAAUUUAUAGUGCGCUUGGAUCUUUUUUUAUACCAAUGUCAAUUAUGGUAUAUGUUUACACGAGAAUAUUCUGUGUUCUUACAUCUCGUCAGUCACGCAUCUCAAGAACAGAGGCGUGCGAACGAGCAAUUGACGUAGAGAAUGAAUUUAUUACAUCAGAAAUUGACUCAAGUUAUCCACAAUGUUCAAAAGACUCUGUACUUAAUAAUACACUCAGUGAGACACCACAAACAACGCUUUAUGAGCUUCUAGAGUAUGCAAAAUCCCGGUCGAUUUUACGUAAUAAUAUCCAAAAUUCAACAAGCAAUUCUAGUCAAAGUGGAUUUUCGAUUCGUGCGAUGAAUUCCGUUCAUUUUAAUCAACAUUCAAACAAUUUACAUUUACAUCCAAUAUCAUGUGAAAAUUCGUCUCUAAAGAUAAAUAAAAAAGUGCCAAUCAGAAUUUCCUCACUUAAACGAGAAUCAAAAACAGCUCAGACUUUAAGCAUCGUUAUUUUUACGUUUAUUGCAUCGUGGUUACCAUUUUUCAUCCAUUACAUAUGUAAACCUUUUUUGGUAGAGGACAGUAUGUGGAGGAAUGAAAUUCUUGAGGCAUCCCUGAUUUGGCUAGGAUGGUUGAAUUCAGCUAUGAAUCCGUUCAUAUAUGCAUUCUACAACAAUGAUUUUCGCAUAGCAUUUUACAGACUUACUCUUCGGAAUUGCUUUAAGGAUCAACAGAACAAUGUCUUUAAAUAAACAUGUAAUCUAAAUGCACUAACAUAAGUCAACACCGCAUUUAUUUGUGGAUAUAAAGAACAUAUUUUAUUCGGGUCACAUGUGCAUUCCAUCAUGUAAUUUUAUCAAAACGUGAAGCUGUAUUUUGAAUAUCAGAUGAAAGAUAUUGAUGCAAAAAAAACAAACAUGCGGA